AUGUCGUCAUUCCAGUCGCAGGAGAGCGCCGCCCCCGCCGCGAAGCUGUGCGCCGCCGGCUGCGGCUUCUUCGGCAGCCCGGCCACGCAGGACAUGUGCUCCGUCUGCUACAAGAAGCACCACGGCAUCGCCGCAGCCACGGCGUCCGGAACCGCAGCGCGAUCCGCGUGCGAACCGGCCGCGGCGCCCGCCGCUAGCGUCUCUCUCGCACCUGCUGAAGGCGCCGUCGCUGAAGCCGCCGUAUCGUUCUCCUCCGCCGCCGCGCCCGAGGCGGCGAGGAAGGCGCAGCCGAACCGGUGCGCGGCGUGCUGCAAGAAGGUGGGGCUGACGGGGUUCGUGUGCCGGUGCGGGAAGACCUUCUGCGGGAGGCACCGGUACGCGGAGGAGCACGGCUGCGCCUUCGACUUCAAGGGCGCCGGCCGCGACACCAUCGCCCGCGCCAACCCCCUGAUCAAGGGAGACAAGCUGCCCGACAAGAUCUGA